CCUUAUAAAUCAGUCAAAGACCCUUAUAAAUCAGUCAAAGACCCUUACAAAUCAGUCAAAGACCCUUAUAAAUCAGUCAAAGACCCUUACAAAUCAGUCAAUGACCCUUAUAAAUCAGUCAAAGACCCUUACAAAUCAGUCAAAGACCCUUAUAAAUCAGUCAAAGACCCUUAUAAAUCAGUCAAAGACCCUUAUAAAUCAGUCAAAGACCCCUAUGCCCCCUCUCACUCUCUCCAAUCAAUAUAUUUUCAAUCAGGAGAAAGAUAA